CUCUCUCUCUCUCUCUCUCUCCAUUGCAGCAUUCUGCACCAUGGCAAGACCUUGCCCUGGACCUGGUUCUCAUGCCAUCAGGCCAUGCUCACUUGUGGUGAUGCUAUGCCUCUUUUGGCUUCAGUGUCCCCUGGCUUCGUGCUUGGCUUUGCCGAGGGCGAAAACGAAGAAUGCCCGGGUUGCCCAUGGGAAGCCAAUGCUCAGGGCCAAGCAGUACUCCAACUGCUCGCUGUAUGUGGGCACAUGGGUCCUGGACGACACCUACCCAAUGUACCAAUCCUCCCAGUGCCCCAUCAUCGACCCCGAGUUCAACUGCCAAGCCUUCGGCCGCCCGGACUCGGACUACCUCAAGUAUAGAUGGAAGCCUCUCAACUGCGAGCUCCCGAGGUUCAACGGGCUUGAUUUCCUGGUGAGGAUGAGGGGGAAGACGGUGAUGUUCGUGGGAGACUCUCUGGGGAGGAACCAGUGGCAGUCUCUGGUCUGCAUGAUUUCCGCUGCUGCCCCGAGAACACCCAUCCAGAGGAUCUCCGGAGACCCUCUCUCCACCUUCAAGUUCCUCGAGUAUGGCGUGUCGGUGUCCUUCUACAGGGCCCCCUACUUGGUGGACAUCGACUCUGUCCAAGGAAAGAGAGUCCUGAAGCUGGAGGACAUCUCGAGGAACGCCGACGCGUGGCGGGCCGCCGACGUCCUCUCCUUCAACACCGGCCACUGGUGGAUCCACAAGGGCUCUCUCCAAGGGUGGGACGUGAUGGAGGCCGGAGGGAGGUACUACGAGGACAUGGACAGGCUGGUGGCGCUGGGGACGGGGCUCAGGACGUGGGUCGACUGGGUGGACAACAACGUUGACGGGGCCAGGACCCGGGUCUUCUUCCAAGGCGUCUCUCCCACCCAUUACAAUCCAAGCGAGUGGAGCACGGGUUCGACGGCCGCCACGACCAAGAACUGCUACGGCGAGACGGUGCCGAUGAGCGGCACCACCUACCCCGGGACUUAUCCUGACCAGAUGAAGGUGAUAAACGCAGCGAUCAAAGGCAUGCGGACCCCGGUAAAUCUCCUCGACAUUACGAUGCUCUCGGCCCUCCGGAAGGACGGGCACCCAUCGAUCUACAGCGGGGACCUGAGCCCCGAGCAGAGGGCUAAUCCCGACCGUUCUGCCGACUGUAGCCACUGGUGCUUGCCCGGCUUGCCGGACACUUGGAACCAACUGUUCUAUACUGGUUUGCUUUUCUAACUUUCAUGUCUUUGCUGUUAGAUGUCACAAAUACCACCCGAAGGGAAUAUGAUCAUGGGUUUGAAUUACAAGUUCCACUUAAGAUGUGCAAAGUAGAGGGUGUCCUGUUGUAAUUAGUGAAGCCAAUGCUCAAGUUGGAUUGUAGCUUUUGUUUAAUUGUAAACAUGCUUACUUUUUCUUCUUUCCUGGUAACAAUGAUUUACAGAAUGUUAAGCCACGUGACAAACUUGCAAUACAGGCGAGCAUUUAACUAA